CACUAACAUAGUACACAUACUCACAGCAUGCACUCUGCGCACCGCUCUGAUCUAUACACACUCGAACGCAGCACGCAAGCAUCGCUGUGCUACUGUCUUGGAAAAGGCAAAAGGUGCGUUGUUUUGUUUGUUUUUACUGUUCUCAGCAAACGAGGAAAUAUCAUCUUAUUCUGACAUACUCUGGAGUUUGGAAGCACCUGCUCCUGUUCUGGGGUCACCAAUUUAAAAGGAGACUUCUGAGGCAUAGCGACAGAGACACCAGAGCGAGGAUGUGUGGGGUGGACGUGGACCUGGAUGAGGGGGGCUCAGGUGACGAGGAGAAGGAGCAGGAGUUCUGGGUGGGGGAGGGGGUGAAGAUGCUGCCCCCUCCCCUGGCCCACAGUGAGGGCAGUGCAUGGGGCAGCCUCCGGGGCAGGUGUGGCUGUGUGGCGUGCGGGGCGGGGCUGCUGUUGUGGAACGUGGGCGUGGUCCUGGUGUGUGUCCUGGUCCUGAUGGCCGUGUUCACCCUGGUCCUGCUGCCCGCCUCGCUGCUGCUCUACGUCGGCUUCCUCUGCCACUCACGGGUCCUAGACUCCCACUCUCCUUUCUGCCGUUACCUCGACGACAACAGUUGCUCCGCCCUUAUUAUCCUGGGCUUCGUGAUGAUGUCACCGCUGGUGGUGGUCGCGGCAGCCAUCUUCUGUGGGCUGCUCCGGAGGCUGCGGCUCCUCCUGCUGUUUCAGCCAAUCACACGUGCCUGGUACCGUGGACCGGGCUUGGACUGGGGAGGCGACGUCCGUGCUUGGGUCUGAUUGGACCAACACUCUAAUAAACCAGUUGUCUAAAAGUUUAAUAGGUCAAUGGUCAAGAGAGAAUCCAGUCCUGGAGAAUCACUGUGUCACCUAAUGUAUUUAGUGUCCUAUUAAACUGUAGUGAAUGUCAUACAAUCAAAUGGAUAUAACGGGAACCAGUACAAUUAUUUAAAAACAGAGCUUGACAUGUUAACAAGGCAGUGGUUAGGGGACUAUUGCUAGUCAGAGAGGAGACAGUGGAGGUAAUGGUGGGAUAUACUAGCAGCUGUUCUCUGUGAAUUUGUAUGUAUAUUUCUAUUUUUCGGUUAACAUAUAGUUGUGAACAUGAUGUAGCAGAUAAAUGAAACAGUAUUGCAUAAACUGUCACUGAAAUGUCUAGAAUGGAAGGAAAAUAUGUUUACAGACUUACUUCAUUUGACAGAUGUUGUUCAUUCUAUUGAUUUCAUUAUUUUCACCAUCUGGGUUAAAGGGCAAUUCUGCCACUUUUCAACCUCAUAUUCAUUAUCUUCAGCACCAAACCAGUAUCUAAAUCAAAUAGAAUUGUAUUGGUUGCAUACACAUAUUUAUCAGAUGUCAUUGCGCGUGUAUCAAAAAGAUCCAACAGUGCUGUAAUAGUGCUGUUACACGCACAAAUAUCAUACACCUCAAAAAUGAUAACUUCCCCUGUUAUAGUAAUUGUGAGAGGUUAGCAUGUCUUGGGGGUAUGAUAUUUGUGAGUCUGUCACUUUCUCACUCAUCAUUAUUCAGACACACUCUCUCAGACACACACUUUAAGUAUUAAUGGUGAUAAGAGGGAGGGUUCCAGUACAGUGGGUCUGCAGUGGCAUGAUUCACUCUGCCUGGAAUAAUGUUUGAUAGUCAUCUUCAGACUCCUCAUUAAACUUCAAACUCUCCAACUUUAGAUGUACUGACAAGUACAUGCACUUAUUAAUUUUCCCCUGAUGUGUCCCAAUUAACUAUGGUUUAAUGUGACCAAUUUUAACACUGAGUAGUUUAAUAGACUGUUCUCUUUUUUUACACUCAGGGCUGUUACUGUAACACACACUGUUAAAAUAAAGUGCUUUGUAACUCUAA